AUUUUGUUUUCUCUUUAUUUCUUUUUCCAUUCAAUCAAAGUGUAUAUAUUCGCGUAAUUAGCAUUGUAAGAAGUACAUAAUUUGCAUUUGGAAGAUUUUGAAACACAGUUCUUGUGAACCAGGCCUAAUACACUGUGAAACGUUGCUAACUUCGUGGCGCGUGAAAUUGAAAAGUACGCAAGGCCAGUGUUUGGUCGUAUCUUGUGGCUGAGGUAUUAACAAGUUUGUAAAAGUUGUCGGUCAGAAUAUUAUGAAAGCAAUGUCUCAUCAUUAUGUGGUAACGGCACAUAAGCCUACAGCAGUCACUGCGUGUGUGACAGGUAAUUUUACCUCGCCUACGGAUUUGAAUCUUAUAUUAGCGAAAAAUGUUCGAUUAGAGAUAUAUCUUGUUACACCAGAAGGUUUGAGACCACUGAAAGAAGUUGGAAUUUAUGGAAAGAUUGCAGUUGUUAAAUUCUUUAGACCGCCGCAUGAGAAGAAAGAUCUGUUGUUUCUUUUGACCACUCGUUACAAUGCCAUGAUUUUGGAAUGUAUUGGAGAAGGAGAAAAUAUAGAAAUCAUAACGAAAGCGCAUGGGAAUGUGGCAGACCGUAUUGGGAAAGCUUCUGAAACAGGAAUCAAAGCCGUGAUUGAUCCCAAAGCGCGUGUAAUUGGCUUACGGUUAUACGAUGGCCUCUUUAAAAUUAUACCUCUUGAUAAAGAUAAUCCGGAAUUAAAAGCAUCGUCGAUACGUAUGGAAGAACAUCAAGUGCAAGAUGUGAAUUUUCUCCAUGGAUGUGCGAAUCCUACAUUGAUUCUGAUUCAUCAAGAUAUUAAUGGAAGACAUGUCAAAACUCAUGAGAUUUCUUUGAGAGACAAGGAAUUUGUCAAAAUACCAUGGAGGCAAGAUAAUGUAGAACGCGAAGCUAUGAUAGUCAUUCCAGUACCUUCUCCUAUCUGUGGUGCAAUAAUAAUAGGUCAGGAAAGCAUAUUAUAUCACGAUGGGAAUACAUAUGUUGCAGUUGUGCCUCCAAUUAUAAAACAGAGUACUAUUACAUGCUAUGCUAAAGUUGAUAACCAAGGACUUCGAUAUUUGUUAGGAGACAUGGCUGGACACUUGUUUAUGUUAUUUGUGGAGCAAGAAAAGAAACCAGAUGGCACACAAGUUGUGAAGGAUCUCAAAGUUGAACUUCUGGGAGAAAUUAGCAUACCUGAAUGCAUUACAUAUUUAGACAAUGGAGUAAUAUUUGUUGGUAGCAGACUAGGCGAUUCACAGCUAGUUAAAUUAAUUACAAAAGCAGACGAAAAUGGUUCCUACUGUGUCCCAAUGGAGACUUUUACUAAUUUGGCACCAAUAGUUGAUAUGGCAGUGGUUGAUCUUGAAAGACAAGGUCAGGGACAAAUGGUUACAUGUUCUGGAGCUUUUAAGGAGGGUUCCCUUAGAAUUAUUAGAAAUGGGAUAGGUAUUGAAGAACAUGCAAGCAUAGAUUUGCCAGGUAUCAAAGGUAUGUGGGCAUUAAAAGUUGGUGGUGGUAUUUAUGAUAACACUUUGGUGUUAUCUUUCGUGGGACAAACCAGAAUUUUGACUUUGAAUGGAGAAGAGGUCGAGGAAACAGAUAUUCCAGGCUUCGUUGCUGAUGAACAAACCUUUCACACCGGUAAUGUUACAAAUGAUUUAUUUAUUCAGAUCACACCAACGUCUGCCAGGUUAAUCUCGUACGAAACUAAAACAGUCGUUUCUGAAUGGGAGCCAGAAAAUAAGAGAACCAUCAGUGUGGUCGCUUGCAAUGGCACGCAGGUACUUUGUGCCACUGGAAAUGACUUAUUUUACAUGGAAAUUUCGUGCGGGCGGAUUGUACCAAAAGGAUUUGCUACUUUACAAUAUGAAGUUGCUUGUUUAGAUAUAUCUCCAUUAGACGGUCAUACCGAAGCGAAAAUCGCCGCAGUAGGUCUAUGGACGCAUAUUUCUGUCCGCAUCCUAACUUUACCCGCCUUGGAAGAAAUUAACAAAGAAUUACUUGGUGGUGAAAUUAUACCUAGAUCUAUUUUGAUGACGUGUUUCGAAGGUAAUACGUAUCUGCUUUGUGCUCUCGGGGAUGGCAGCAUGUAUUACUUUACAUUACACAAACAGAACGGUAUACUUUCUGACAAGAAGAAAGUUACUCUGGGCACACAACCAACGGUCUUGAGGACUUUCAGAUCAUUGUUCACCACUAAUGUUUUCGCAUGUUCCGACAGGCCUACUGUAAUUUAUUCGUCAAAUCACAAACUAGUAUUCAGCAAUGUCAAUUUAAAGGAAGUAAAUCACAUGUGUUCUCUAAAUGCAGAAUCAUAUCCGGAUAGUUUAGCGUUGGCAACUGACAGUACGGUAACUAUCGGGACAAUCGACGAAAUUCAGAAACUGCACAUUCGUACCGUUCCCCUCGGGGAGUCGCCGAGACGAAUUGCUUAUCAAGAAAGUUCCCAAACAUUUGGAGUAAUAACGAUGCGCGUUGAUGUCCAGGACAGUAGUGGUGUUAGUAUUGUAAGGCAUUCCGCAUCAACGCAAGCAGCCUCCACAUCUAGCAGCAGUCACAUUGCAUCGUACAACAAACCUACGGGGCAUACAGCUAGCGACAUUUGUCAAGAAAUUGAAGUACACAACCUGCUCAUUAUUGAUCAACAUACUUUCGAAGUUUUACAUGCACACAUGUUAAUGCCCACUGAAUACGCAUUAUCAAUGAUAUCGACGAAAUUAGGCGAAGAUCCGACUUCUUAUUAUAUCGUUGGGACCGCGCUUGUCCAUCCUGAUGAAACUGAGCCAAAAAUGGGCAGAAUACUUUUGUACCACUGGAGCGAUGGAAAGCUAACACAAGUCGCAGAGAAAGAAAUCAAAGGAUCAUGUUAUUCUUUAAUUGAAUUCAAUGGGAAGCUUCUCGCUAGUAUCAACAGCACUGUUCGUCUGUUCGAGUGGACAGCAGAGAAAGAGCUCAGAUUAGAGUGCAGUCAUUUCAACAAUAUCAUUGCCCUUUAUUUGAAAACCAAAGGAGAUUUCAUUUUAGUUGGAGAUCUUAUGAGAUCUCUCACGUUACUGCAAUAUAAAACAAUGGAAGGCUGUUUCGAAGAAAUAGCAAGAGAUUACAAUCCAAAUUGGAUGACUGCCAUUGAAAUAUUAGAUGAUGACACUUUCUUAGGCGCUGAGAAUUGCUUUAAUUUGUUCGUUUGUCAAAAAGAUAGUGCCGCCACUUCUGAGGACGAAAGACAACAGAUGCAGGAAGUUGGACAGUUUCAUUUAGGCGAUAUGGUUAACGUUUUCCGACAUGGGUCGUUAGUGAUGCAAAAUUUAGGCGAGUCAAGUACACCCACGCAAGGCUGUGUAUUGUUUGGAACUGUUAGCGGCGCGAUUGGUUUAGUUACGCAAAUUCCAUUCACAUUUUACGAGUUCCUGAGAAACCUUGAAGACAGAUUAACGAGCGUAAUAAAAAGUGUUGGUAAAAUAGAACACAAUUUUUGGAGAAGUUUCAACACCGAAUUAAAAAUCGAGCAGUGUGAAGGUUUUAUAGAUGGAGACUUGAUCGAGAGCUUUCUUGACUUGAGUCCCGAUAAAAUGGCAGAAGUUGCAGGUGGUCUUAUGAUCGACGAUCCUAGUGGAAUGAAAAAAGAAGCAACGGUGGAUGAUCUUGUAAAAAUAGUAGAAGACCUUACAAGAAUACAUUAGAUGUAAUCUUUUGGUUGAUUUGUAUAGUUUAUUAUAUUUUGAAAAGCUCGUUAAGGAAAAUAGAUUGAUAAGGAAAAUUUUAAAUGUUUGGGAAUCAAAUUAAGAAAUUUAUAUACAAUUCUAAUCUAUUUAACAUUAAUAGUAUAAGAAAGUAGGAAAGUAAAUUUUUCUUUUUUUCCAUUCUUGUGAAAAUAUUUUAUUAUGUACGCCUGUAGUCUUUUAUCUUAAUUUUGAUUAUAUUAUAGUGAAAGUUUGCUUCAAAUAUUUGUAUAUGCAUAUACAAAAAGCUGGUCAAAAAGGUUUUAAACUUAUUUCAAGAAUACGUACAAAUCAUGAGAAUUUCAAGAACUUCAAUAUUGUUGUACUCGUCAAUAUUUUAACGAUCGUAAAGCUAAUAUAUUUCUUGUAACAAUUAAUAACAUUUGUUUAAACAGUACUUAUGAAUUUAAAAACUUUUUGAUCAAUAGUUUUAUAACUAAUACGACAGCUAUUUUUUGUUUCUAAUAUCUCAGAAAUGUGUCAAAGAUUACUUAAAUUAAUAAUCACAUACAUACGUUGAUUAAGUUAUAAACAUCUUGUACACUCAAUAUUGAAUAUCAAAUUUCUUUUGAUAAUACUUCCACUUUUGAAUAUAACAAAUAGAGUAACUUGGAAACAAUUUACUACUAAUUUACAAUUGUAAUCAUAUUAGUGUUAAUUGCUGAAAAAUUAUUCGUAGAAUCCUUGUAUCUUUGUAACAUUGAGUGUAAAUAAUAAAAAAAAAUAUCCACUUUCUGAUAAAA